UCCUCGUCUGGAGUAUUAAUGUCUGGUUCUAGGAGGCUUUAAAUGUUGAACUUGAUGGGUGUUUUAAACUCCACCUCCGCCAAUGUCUCCUGUACUUGUAACUGCAAGCGCAUCACGUCCCUCCAGAGCAUGGAAAUCACCCAGCUGGAGUUCGUCCAGAUCCUGGUGAUCGUGGUGGUGAUGAUGGUGAUGGUGGUGGUCAUCACCUGUCUGCUGAACCACUACCGCCUAUCGGCACGCUCCCUCCUCUCCAGACACGCCCCCGCCCGCAGGAGACACCUGCCAUUGGCCAACGAGGGGAGUCUGUGGUCGUCCGUUGCCACGGCGACGAACAGCGGUCUAAACGAGCACCAGGUGUACAACCCACGGCCUCCGGACCGCGGCGCCGCCCACUCGUCCUACCUGCAGCGGGAGCCCCAGCACGUCCAGUCCGAGUCCCAGUCCCAGUCCCAGUCCCAGUCCCAGUCCCAGUCCCAGUCCCAGUCCCUGCCUCCGCUCCAGUCCCAGCGCUUCCAGCACACGUACGCGCCGAGUCGCUUCCAGCCGACGUACCCCUACCUGCCCCAGAGCCUCAUCGACCUCCCCCCCACCAUCUGCCUCUCGGACGGGGAGGAGCCCCCCCCCUACCAGGGGCCCUGCACCCUGCAGCUCCGCGACCCCGAGCAGCAGAUGGAGCUGAACCGCGAGUCGGUCAGAGCGCCGCCCAACCGGACCGUGUUCGACUCGCACCCCAUCCACCCGUCCAGCUCCUGUCUGCAGGCCAGUCUGCAGGCCCCGCCUCCGAGCGUCCAUUCGGGCGUCAGCGUGCUCGAAGCCCAGGAGGCCCUGUCCCGGCACCAGAAGCAGGGCCCUCGAGCAGAGGGCGCCCCCCCGACCUACAGCGAGGUGAUCGGCCACUACUACCACCCGGCGUCCCUGAGCCCCGCCCACCGGACCGUCUCGGCCCCGCCCCCGUCCUCGUCCUCGCUCAUCCACGGCCUGCUCCGACCGCCGCCCCAGCAGCGGGGGAGCGUGGACAACAGGAACGCCAGGAACGCGAAGGAGAAAUCCCAGAAGCCCCAGCGGGUGUGACAGUAAUGCUUCCCCCCUCCCUCGCCCACGGAGGGAGGGGGGAGGAGGAGGUGGAGGUGUGUGUGUGUGUGGGGGGGGGGGCAGGGGGCAGGAUUUUGUGUCCAGCAGCCAAUGAGGAAACUACCUUGUCGAAUGGUGAGAUGGUUUAAGAGCUGGUUCGCGUUAGUUGUCGUCGUAGCUGACUUGAGGUCAGUUUCACAGUUUCCUCACUCCAACGCGCCGGGACCAGGACUGGGGACCGGGACCAGGACUGGAGACCCGGGACCAGGACUGGGGACCGGGACCAGGACUGGGGACCGGGACCAGGACUGGGGACCGGGACCAGGACUGGGGACCGGGACCAGGACUGGAGACCCGGGACCAGGACUGGGAACCUGGGAAACCGGGAAGCAGCAGAACUCCUGGAAACCGGAUCACUCCUGCAGAGCACGGACACGGGAGAUAAAAUCUUGACACUUCCCGUUCCGCGGCUUCUCAUUUCAGACGAUGACGAUGACGAAGAUGACGAAGAUGUCCGAAGGAGGAAGGGGCAGAGGGUGCAUAAAGAAGGGGAGAAGGAUGCAUACCAGAAGCAUCCUUCUCCCCCUCGUCUCCUCCUCCGUCAGACUGAUCGAACUUCACGCGUUAUAAAUAUUUACUCGUUCUGUUUGUUCCUAUAGAACAUUUUUCGGUAGUUUUUUCGUCUUUCGCUUUUUUUCGGGGUGCGAACGGCGAAGCGUUUCAACCUUCUUGGCUCUUCCAGGUUUAGUUUUCCUAGCGAUGAUCCUUUCGGCCUGCGUCUUCAGAUCACGACGACCGAAACUUUUUCUUUCUUUUAUUUUGUAUUUUAUUUUGUCGUUUCCUGAAGAAGGUUUGCACAAAGUUCAAGACCGCAAUAUGAUUGACGAGAGAGUGAAACAGAACGUAAAGGGGUAUUUUUCUAAACUCGAUAGAUUCGUAAGAGUAAAGUUAGUACUUGUUUUUUCUUCUUCUUCUUCUUCUUCUUCUUCUGUUUUUAUAUGUUUGAGUCUAGUUUUAGAGAAAGAAGAAAAACAUCAUUAAUCUGUUGGGGUGCCGACUUUCACGCUGAACAUUUUUGCUGCCUACGUGUCGGUGUGUGUUACAGUUUUUUGAGUACACGCGUACACACACACACACACACACACACACACACACACACACACACGUACGCAAACUCAAAAGCACGAAUUUGCGAGUUAUUUAUAUAAUUGCUGAAAAGAAUUGCACUAUUUUUUUAGUAUGCGCAGAUGGAAACGUGUGGGAGAGACUUUUAUUGUGAAGGAGCUCUGUCCCGUCGACGCGUAAAGAGAGCGAGAAAACACAGCGGCUCACCCGGGGGGGGGGGGGGGCCCAAUCAGAAACUCUGCUUCUCUCUCUCUCUCUCUCUCUCUCUCUCUCUCUCGUCCCAUUGGCCCGAAUCGUGAGCCAAUCCCAAAAUCUGGCGGUCACCACCUCCACGCACGAGUCCAUCGGACUUUGUCCCGUCGAAACAAAAGUCCGAGCUAAUCACGACAACGUGAGACGUGAGCAGUGGGUCGUGUUGAACGUCAGAUUUUUAUUUAUUUUUAAAUUUUUUUAUGGUUCCAUCUGGUGACGAGAGAGAGAGAGAGAGAGAGAGAGAGAGAGAGAGAGAGAGACAGAUCCUCCCUUUGUGGAGCUCUGCAGAAGGAGGGAGGCCCCUAUAUGAGUGAUAUGCUGACUGUGCACCGCUGUGUCUGGCACACACACACACACACACACACACACACACACACACACACACACACACACACACACACGCCCUCUGGUGAGUUCACCGCUGUCGCAGGCAUCUCUGAGCACUUUACUGCACCAGGAAAGAGACAACAAUCCUCCGUCAGCCAGCGGCAGAACCCUUUAUUUAAUAUUCCAGAACAGAACAGAACCUUCAGAGGCCGCACAGAAAACAAGAGUUGUGCUCCAAAACUUUAAACAUCC